UUUCUCCCUCUCGAGCUCGACAGAUGUAAGAAGCCUUGUCCUCUCUAACCACUCAGCUCAGAUAUGGGAUACUUCAAGACACCAGUAUUGAUCAUCUCCUGCUUAUUAUUUACAUGUUGCGAAGCAGAGAAAUCAAAAACCAGAGGUCUGCGCCAUAAGGAUGUUGACUACAUGGAGAAAUAUUCCAGCUGCCUCCAGGGUCCGGCAGGCCCCCCAGGAAGGGAAGGAAAUCCAGGAGUGAACGGAAUCCCAGGCACUCCGGGCGUUCCGGGCCGGGAAGGUGCGAAAGGGCAGAAGGGCGAUUGUGUGACGGAGAGGUUUGAAGAGCCGUGGAAGCCCAACUAUAAGCAGUGCGCCUGGAACUCUCUCAACUACGGCAUUGACCUGGGCAAAAUCACAGAGUGUACAUUCACUAAGCAGCGUGCGGACAGUGCUCUGCGUGUGCUGUUCAGCGGCUCGCUCAGGCUGAAGUGUAAGACGGCUUGUUGCCAGCGCUGGUACUUCACUUUUAAUGGGGCAGAAUGUGCCGCUCCGCUGCCUGUAGAGUCCAUCAUUUACCUGGAUCAGGGCAGUCCAGAGUUCAACUCCACCAUCAACAUACACAGAACCACAUCAGUUGAAGGUUUGUGUGAAGGAGUUCGGAGAGGUCUGGUGGAUGUUGCGAUCUGGGUGGGAACCUGCGGCGACUAUCCGCACGGAGACGCUUCCACCGGAUGGAAUUCUGUUUCCCGGGUGAUCAUAGAAGAGCUUCCUCUGAGCAGCUGAGAUCAUCACUGAGUCUUCCACCAUCUACACACUUACUGCAUUGAAAAUUGUGAUUUCUCACUUAGAUAAAUGCCUGUAAUGUAAUGCAUUACCAUUCAAAAGUAAGAAAUUUAUAUUUUUAUUUAGCGAGGAUGCAUUAAAUUGAUCAAAAGUGAGAGGAAAAAUAUUCUGUUAAAAUAAAUACUGUUCUUUUGAUGCAAAAGUAAGUUUUCUAGUCGAGCCUCAUAUUGAACAGUUUAAAGGAUUAGUUCACUUUCAAAUUAAAAUUUCCUGAUAAUUUACUCACCCCCAUGUCAUCCAAGAUGU